AUGGACGGUCAUCGUGCUGCAGAUAAUUUCCCACCAGGUGACGGAAGAGAGGGAGAUACCCGAGUUGGGCGCAUGCAGAACAAUGCUCCCAAUGUUGCGAACAAGUUGUCAGAGAAAUGGCUCUGA